CCUUCGGAACGUUCACCAUCCGCGGUAAGCCCGAUCACGGGCGACAAUGAGAAAGUGGAAACCGUUACACUGGGCAAACCAAUGACAGCAAUGCCCAAUUUUUUCCCACCCACCAGUUCGAUUGCGAGUGUGGCAUUCGCGAACGAAGAUGCGUUGGAUGCUCGUGCCGUUCGGCUCAGAGAGCUUCGACUUGGCCGAGUGGAAUUCACAGAAUCUUUGUCGGACUCGACGAAAUCCGCACUUUCAAAAUCAGAGACGGAUAGUCUCAGACAACGGGUAAACAGUCGCAUAGCGGCGGCCAUCAAUCAGCUCAAUGCGGAAUCACGGUUAACCUUGCCCCGUGAGACGACGAACCAUACCGGUGACGAUGGGCAAGACCCUCUUGGUGCGCUCUUGUCGGACUACAGGGCACAACGUUUGAAGAUUGCUGAGCGUAUUUUUACCUCUAAGUCCUAG